AACAGGGAAGAAUUGGUUUCAAGAAUGGAAAAAAAAGAAACUUUAGCUCUUAAUGUCAAGAUGGCAGUGUAGAAGCAGCAAAAGUUCAGACCUUUGAAUACCCUUCCUUACCAAUUACCAAUUAAAUGCUCCUAGGGGACUGAAAAUCAAACCUAACAAGAAGACAGAGCCAAGGAACCCUCCUGCUGGACUCAAUUCAAAAGGAAAGAAGAAAAAUGGCAAAUAAGGAGCUGAUAACCAGAAUCAAUAUGCAGACAGCAAGAGAACAAGCUGCCUUUGAUGAAUUCAAGCCACUUGGCCAAAAUGAACUGUGUCCUUGCAUUCUUAAAGAAUUGGCAGAUAUAAUUGCCAUGCUGCUGCCAAUUAUUUUGGGGGAAAAAACCUAGGAGGAGAGGUGAUGCAGGACUGAAAAGCAAAGGUCUAAUUAAAAAAGAGUGGGGAACAUCGGACAGAAGAGAAUAGAGUCUGAAAAAAAAGAUAGGCCAAUGAACAUGAUUUUGAUUCCUGACAAAAUUCUAGAACAGAUUUAUUAAAGAAAUGAUUAUUGAACAUCUAGAAAAGGAAGUAAGGAUUACCAUGAGUCAGCAUAGUGUCAUUAAGAGCAGAUCCUAGAGACAACUAAAUGACUCAGUGGAUAGAGAACCAGGCCUGGAGAUGGGAGGUCCUGGAUUCAAAUCUGCCCUCAGAUACUUCCUAGCUGUGUGGCCCUGGGUGAGUCACUUGAUCUUGAUUGCCUAGCCUUUGCUAUUCUUCUGCCUUGAUUCUAAGUACUGAUACUAAAAAAGUAAGUGUUUUUUUUUAAAGGGCAGAUCAUGCCAUUAACUUUGUUUCUUUUAAUGACAGGGUGACUAAACUGAGAGAAGAAAGGAAUGCUGUAGAGCUUGCCUUGAAUUUUGGUGUUGCAUUUUAUAAAAUGAUUCAUGCUAUUCCUGUAGAAAAAUAGAGGGAAACGUGUGAUGGUUGAUAAUAUAUUUAGGUGAAUUUAGAACUAGUUGAAUGUCUGAAUUCAAAAUAAAGCUUUGAAAUUUCAUUGUCACCUUGGAAAGAGGUCUAAAGCAGCAUACUUGGGGAUCUGUGCUAGGUUUUGAAAGAAGUCUCUAGUGGGGAGCCCCAGAGAUCUGUUCUUGGCUUUUUUUUUAACCUUAUCUUCCACUGUAGAAUUAAUACUGAAGAGCAGUAAGGGCUAGGCAAUGGAGGUUAAGUGACUUGCCCAAGGUCACACAGCUAGCAAGUAUCUGAGGCCAGAUUUUAAUCCAGAAACCUUAAUCUCUGGGCCUUGCUCUCAAUCCGUUGAGCUACCCAGCUGCUCCCUGUACUUGGCUUUGAAUGGUAGUAUGCUUCUCAAAUUUGUGGGUGAUACAAUGUUGGGAAGGAUAGCUAACACACUGGAUGACAGAGUUGAGAUCCCAAAAAGCUAGAAUAUUGUGCUGAAUCUACUAAAAUGAAAUUCAAUAGGAAAAACUUUACUUUCAUUUAAAGCAGUUAGAUGGGUAGAAUGGAUAGAGUGCUGGAGUUCAAAUCUGGCCUCAAACACUUAGCUGUGUGUGAUCCUGGGUAAGUCACUUAACUCUGUCUCAGUUUCCUUACCUGUAAAAUAAACUGGAAAAGGCUAUGGCAAACCAUUUGAAUAUCUUUGCCAAGAACACCCCCCCCCAAAAAAAAAGAUCAUGAGAGUUAGAAAUGACUGAAGAAUGACCAAACAACAACAAUGAAAAGCCUUACAUUUAGGUUCAAAAGAAUAAAAUUUACAAGACAAUGUGGGGGAUCAGCUAGGUGAUUCAGUGGGUAGAGAAUCAAACCUAGGGGCAGUAAAUCCUGAGUUCAAAUCUGACCUCAGACACUUUCUAUCUAGGUGACCCUGGGCAAGUCCCUUAACUCCCAUUGCAUAACCUUUGGUGCUCUUUUACCUUAUAAUGAAUACACAGUGUUGAUUCUAAGAAGGAAAGUAUGGGUUAAAAAAAAAGACAAGGUGGGAAGUCAUGGUUUAGAUAAGUUUUGUCUAGAAAAAUGUAUAGAAGUUUUAGUGAACUGAAAGUUGGAAUGAGUCAAUAGUGGAUCAGCAAGCAGCACAAAAUGUAUUAGAAAACUUUUGAGUGCCACAUUGCAUUUUUUUGGUGCCUAGUCACUUGUCCAUUAUAGAUAUAUAAUAUAUAUUGCAUAUAACAUAUAUAAGGAUAUGUCUUAUUUGAGGAUUUUUAAAACUGCAAAAACUAUUUUAGUAGAUGAAUUAACAUUGCUUGUUAGAAAUGUAACAAGGGAAAGCAAAGGCUCUAUUGUUCUUUGAUGGAAAGAACAUGCCAUAAGGCCAUUUCCUUUGGUAACAGUCAAGCUAUCUGAAAACAUCCUUAGGAUACUUUGGGGAUUUUUGCUGCUGACAUAUUCAAUUUAUUGCAGUUUUACUCUUUUGCCUCCUGAAGCUAAACUGUUGGGAAGAUCAUGCCUUGUUUCCAUAAGUGUGAUAAAGAUCAUUUCAGCCCAAGUGCAGCAGUUUAUUUGUAGCAUUCUGGUUCCUGUAGGUAAGAGAUUUGGGCAUCCUCUGCAGAGAUAAGAACGGUAAGCCUUCUAAUCUAUGGCAAUGCAUUCAGCCAUAACCUAGAACUCUGGAAACUAGAAAAUGGAAGCAGUACUAAUGUGCAUCAGAGGUGGGGCCUUUUUAUAUAAAAAGAGAAAGUUUGUGAGCCAUCUUCCCCAUCCCCACCCUCACUAGUCCUCAGGGGCAUGAAAGGAAAAUUGUUUUAUUGCCUUUACAUUAUUGAUCAUGAACCGAGUGAUAACAUAUAAUCCUUUUAGAUAAGAAACUGCAAUUAUAAUUUUUAGAAAGAGUGAGACCCAGGUGUUAUGAUACAUCAAUUAUAAUAAUUGUAAAGAUAUUUAGGGUUGUGACUUAAAAUCUAGAUUUAAUUGGUUGCCAAGGGAAAUCUCAAAUAAAAUACCCAAGUCAGUCUGGAAAUUUAUGGAAAUUUAAUUAAUAUAGAGGGAAGGAAUUUAAAGAGAAGGAGAGAAGAAGAUAUAGGAUUCCUCCUGCCUGGCCUUUGCCAGGGGGAGUUUAAAAUCCCCGCCUCUAGGUCUCUGAAAAAGAUUAGAUGCUUCUAAGAAGAUAAAGUUGGAAAGUAAAGGAGGAAACCUCAGCCAGAAACUCCACCAAACCAGACAAUACCUUGUAGCCAUGCUAAGAUGCCAAAAGGCCUAGCACGCUGCCACCAGUCAACUCUCCACCUCCAGAAAGGUGCCCAAGAGAGGAAGUGAGCCAAAUAUAUAGACCUUUCACUCUUGUGUCUCCUCCUCUAAAUGCCCAUAUCUUUUAGAGUCCUCAUCUUCUUUGAAAAGAUUAUAUCUUUAGAGUUACUUAACACUUCUUUGUUAAGUUCACCUUUUGUGAGUUACUUAACCUUUUUGUGAUUAAUUUAACCUUUAUAGUUAUUUAACACCUUUUUGUAUUAAGAUCUUAAAAUAGACUUAACUUAAAGUUCUAGCUUCACUAUAAGCUAAGAGUUAAGUACCUUCAUUGUUCAAUCAGGAGAUUACAAUUUUAUAUUCCCCUAAAGGUCUAAGUAGGGUGGAGUAAUUUAACAGUUCACAAUCCCCCCUGAUUUUGUUAGACUAAGUAUCUUCAUUGUUACAAUCAGGAAAUAGCUAAAUCCAAUCUUCACAAUCACCCCUGAUGAUCAUUGGGAGACUAGUCUUCCCACUGAUCAUUUAAAAUAAUCAUCUUAUAGAUCCUAUAGAUUUAACAUAAUCAUCAAAAGGACUUCUAACUACAGAUGUAUACACUAUUCAAUUUCUAAGAGGAAAUAACAAUAGAUAAAAAAAGGGAAAUAUAAGAAAGAUAGACAGAAAAACCAAUGUUUGCUGAGCGCAUUGACAAAAACCAAUUAGGGGGCAGUCCCCUUUUGGCUUAAGAGUGUACAUUCAAAUAAAUGUUCAAUCAAACUUCAGUUCAAUCAACCACACCCAAAGUUCGUUCUGGAUCUUCUUGAUGUAGUGUAGGUUUUCUGGCAUCUUUCUGCAACAGUUCAUUCUCUGGAUUUAGGAGUUAGCAAGCUUCUUCCUUGAAAAUCUUUUCUUGAGCAAAAAAUUUCAAAAUCUUGGAUUUUUAUUAAAAUACAAUCCCCCCACUCAAGUGGGUGUUAAAGAACAUCCAGUUCAGCUCAGGAUGCAAUGUUGUGUUAUGGGGUUGUAAGAGUCAGUUAUCAAAAUAAGAGAAAAAAUAUGUAUAUAAGGAAAAAAAUGGAAGAAAGUUAAACUUUUGGUAAAAAGAAAAAAAUUCAAAAUCAGAAUAAAACUAUCAAAAUCGAUGUAUAUGUUGAGUAAGCAAGAAUAAAUUCAUAAUAGGUCUUUUAUUAGGGUUCAAUAAAUUUCUAUUCCAAAAGUCUGUAGGACAGAAUGCAGUAAUAUUUCACUUACCCAUUUACAGCCAAGACUACAGGAAGUUGCCAUACGAUAAGAAGAAAAAGAAUUAGAAUUUGAUUUUGAUAGGGAAGUGUCAUUCCCUGGUCUGAUUUUUGUCAUUCUCAGGGAUAUGGGGAGCCAGGAUGAUAGUCAAACUUUGGUACUUGUCUGUGUACUUCACAAAGAGUGUAGAUACAAGGAAGUCCUACAACUUAACAUAUGUCAAGUGUUGCAACCUCGAGACUCACACUUGUUUUUUUACCUGUGUGCUCUUUUUGGCACUAUUCAGGUUAAGUCUUUGCUCCUUGUUUUUAUCCCAUUUCCUAGAAUCAGAUACAAACAUUAAUCAUAGUCCCAUAACAUUUUAUCAAUAAAUGGCAGGUUCCCACAGUUUAGAGCUUUUAGGUAUGCAUUGAUAUUAUAGCAAGUAUAUAUAUGUGUGUGUGUGUGUGUGUAUAUAUAUAUAUAUAUACAUAUAUAUAUAAUAUUAAACUUAUAUUACUGCAGAAAAAAUAAUAUUAAUUGUAUGUACCUUUAGUAUAAGAAAUGAGGAAAAAAGGGGGAAAUCAAAUAUUCUAACCAAAAUAAAAGAAAAGCAAUAAUAAAAAUAAGGGAGAGAGAAAAAAUCAUGAAUUCAAUGUGAUUUCGAAAAAAAGCAUCCACUUGUCAAAGUAUUAUUAUCUCCAAUGCAUGUGAUAGGGUACAGUCAAUCAGUCUCAACAGAAGAUGCUCUCUUCACAUGUGAACUAUGAAUCCAAGAGUCCUCUCCAAUUUUUAUAGAUGUUGGGGUAGUUAACGAUAUUUGGAAUGGCCCUUCCUUUAUUAACUAUAAUAUUAACUAUAGUAUUACAAAGGAUGUCAUUUGGUAUAUUAUAAUAUUAUUGAAUUAAAUAUAUUAAGAGCUUCUGUUGGAGGGAUAAAACUUCAGGUCUGUGUAGUGAUCCAGGGAAGCUGAAAUCCAUGCAGAAGGAGUUGGGUUCAUUGGGAAUGGUCAAUGUACAGCUGGCCUGAUCAGAUCAUAGGAUAACAACAUUGGCAUGUUCAGGUUUUGUUUGAUCCUUUGAAGAUUUAUUUAUGUCAUCUCUAGGCUCCCCAAAGUAUCCUGGCCAAGCAAGGUUACCUUGACCGAAGUAGUAUAAGUUCUGGAGGGUUAAUUAAAUUUUAUUUUUUUAACCCUGUACUGAAUUUAGGACUUUGUAUCAAAUGUUCCCAAUCUUUGAUCCCAAACACCACUGCCUGUUUCUUAACUUCGUAUGUACCUUCUUCCAAAUCAAUGACAAGCUUAACUGUCAAAACCCUAUAAAACACACUGUUGUACAUCAAUAUGAGGUCUUUUUUCUGGGUGUGGUGAAACCUCUAGCUUUAAUUUGCCACAAUUAAAGUUUGGAUUUUCAGCUCAGAAUUGUGGCUCACAGGUUUCUUUAUUUUUUAAAGGUGUCAGUUAGAACCUUAAUGUUUUUUGUUGUUGAAUCCUUUCUGUCAUUUCAGUUGGUUUGACUCUUUAUGAACUUCUUUUUGGAGUUUUGUUGGCAAAGAUGCUAGCAUGCCAUUUCCUUCUUGACAGAUGAGGAAACUGAAGCAAAUAGGGUUAAAUGACUUGUACAGGGUCACAUAGCUAGUCUGAGUCUGAAUUUGAACUCACGUUUUCCUACCUCCAGGACCAGUGAUCUAUCCACUGUGCCACCUAGGUGCCUCUCUCAGUAAUUUUUACUUACCUGUAAACAUAUGCUUUCCCCAGGUGAAUGUAAAUUCUCUGAGCUCAGAGGUUGUUUGACUUUUGUAUUUGUAGCUCUAAUUCGGAACAGUAUUUGAGGCUAUUUGUAUUAGGUCGUCAAUAACUCUUUAUUAAUAAUAAUAAUAACAAAGUGAAAUGAGCUGUUUCAGGAAGUGGAAAAAUCAUUUGUCCUCAUUGAAGAUCUUCAAGCCAGAAUUAUUAUAUAACUAUAAUUAUUGGGGCUACUGAAGUAGGGAUACUUUCUGAGUAUGAUUCAUUCUAGAGGGCUGCUUAUGAUUUCACUUCUGAAACUGUAUUAUUCUAACAUACAUUGAGAUAGUUGGUUCCAUGAUCCCUUUGAUAGGUGAGCUAUUACCAUGUUGGUUGUUUUCCUAAUUAAUCCAGGUAGUAAAAAUAUCCCCCAAAUACAAAUGAUUGCUUCUUAAAUUAGAAAUGGAUCUCUGUCCAAGAAUUUCACAAAUAUGUGCUUCAAUUAGUAUAAUUAAAAUUAAACAAAAUAUGGGCUAUUUUCUAAUGCAACAUCGCAGAAGAAAUCUGAAAUAAAUAUAAAAUAUUACUUUAAAUCUUACUUUAAUACAGACACCGGAGCUUCCUGGUCUGUAUUAAAGAGAACACCUGAUUUACAAUGUUAUUCUGUUGGCUCAGAGAAUGUAAUGGGAGUAUCAGGAAUAACCCAAAGAGUUAAAAGACUUCCUCCUAGAAUGGUGUCUGUGGGACCCCUAGAGGUACAACACUCCUUCCUUUUGAUGCCUGACUCCCCUUUAAAUUUGCUGGGGAGGGACCUUCUAUGCAAACUCAGAGCCACAAUAACCUGCUCCCCAGAUGGCUCAUUAUCAUUAGAAGUACCAGAGGAAUCUUUAAAUUUACUCCCUGUACUUCUCUCGGAAAACUUCCACUUUUGAAAUACCUAAAGAUAUACCGGAGUCUCUUUGGGCCACAUCUUCUGAUGUAGGCUUACUUAAAUCUGCUGUUCCUGUGCAGAUAAAAACUAAAUCUAGCCCACCUCCUUCUAUCCCUCAGUAUCCCCUCUCAAAGGAGGCAAUUGAGGGUAUUACACCAGUUAUUAACUCAUUAAUAGAACAGGGAAUAAUAAUCCCUUGCAAAUCUGAAUACAACACGCCCAUCCUGCCAAUUAAAAAACCAAAAAAAGGGCCCGAUGGCAAACACAUCUAUAGAUUCGUACAGGAUCUAAGGGCAGUGAAUAAUCACGUUAUAAAGAGACACUCCGUAGUUUCUAACAUACAUACUAUUAUUUCAUCUAUUCCUAGCACAGCUACAUACUUUACAGUAGUAGACUUGUGUUCAGCUUUCUUUUCCAUACCAAUACAUGAGAACUCAGGCAUAUUUUUGCUUUCACCUGGGAGGGCUCACAAUAUACCUGGUGUCGGCUGUCACAGGGUUAUAUCGAAAGUCCGAGCUUAUUUGAGCAAAUUUUGAGCCAAGACACAGACAAUAUAACAUUUUAAAAUAGCAAAUUAAUCAAAUAUGUAGAUGAUCUACUCUUGGCUUCAACAGAUGCAAAAACAUGUCAAGAAGAUAGCAAACACCUUCUUUUGGAAUUGCACAAAAGAGGACAUAAAAUCUCUAAGGAUAAAGUUCAAUGGUGUCUCCAAAAAGUAGAAUAUUUGGGAUUCAUCUUGACUAUGGGUGCUCGUUAUAUUUCUCCAAAACGAAUUGAGAACAUUUAAAAAUUGAGUGCUCCUACCACUAAGAAACAGCUGAGAGCAAUUUUAGGAGCAACAGGGUUUUGUAGACAAUGGAUUCCUUGCUAUGGGGAAAUCACUAAACCCCUUAUAGCAUUAACAAAGGAUUCGGUUCCUGAACCCCUCAAAUUAGAGCCUGAACACUUGUCAGCUCUAUCAGAUCUAAAAAAGGCUAUCAUGUCUGCCCCUGCUCUAGGCAUCCCAGAUUACAACAAGCCAUUUACUUUAUAUGUGCAUGAGCGAAGAGGAGUAGCCUCUGGUGUGUUAACUCAGACUUUGGGACCUUCUCAGCACCCAAUUGCUUAUUAUUCUGCCCAACUAGACCCAGUAGCAGCAGGAGCACCACCAUGCCUUAGAGGAGUAAGCUUACAGCCUUACUAGUAACAAAAACCGUUGAUUUAGUAUUGGGAUGUCCAUUAACAAUAAUGUGCCCACAUGAGAUUGAAGCAUUAUUGAUAAAACAUAGAACACAGACAUUCUCGGAUCAGAGAAUUACAAGGUAUGAAAUAACCUUAUUAAAUAGUGAAAAUAUUACCUUGAAACGCUGUUCAACUCUUAACCCUGCCACCUUGCUUCCAGAUUUACCCACUUCAGGAGAACCAUUACAUAACUGUGAAACAUUAGUGUCCAUGGCAGAAAAGCCUCGAGAUAAUCUCUUGGACACUCCCUUAGACAAUGCAGAUCUGAUUUUAUUUACCGAUGGUUCCUCUUUUAUGAGGGAUGGCAUACGUUACACUGGAGUUGCCGUAGUCUCAGAAUUUGCCACUGAAUGGUCAGCUUCACUACCUUCUAACAUUAGCGCUCAAGGAGCAGAACUCAUAGCUCUAAAACAAGCUUGUAUAAUUGCCAAGGAUAAAAAGGCAACAAUUUAUACGGAUUCUAGAUAUGCUUUUGGCAUUUGUCACUCAGUCGGGAUGCUAUGGCUCCAGAGAGGAUUUUUAACCUCAGCUGGAAAAUCCAUAGCUAAUGCAGAAAUUAUUAAUGAAGUUCUUUCUGCUCUCAAACUGCCUAAAGCCCUAGCUGUAGUUCAUUGCUCUGCCCAUACAGGUGGCUCUGACCCUGUCUCUAGAGGAAAUGACUGGGCAGAUGCUGCUGCAAAACUAGCAGCCAUAGAAGGACCUGGAUUAAUUUUAACAUUAACAACCACUGAUAAUUUAAAUUUAUCACUUUCCUAUAAUGAAAAGGAAGUGGAAAAAUGGAAACAAAAAUUUAAAGCAAAACAAAUUAAUGGAAUAUGGGUGUCAUCUGAAGGAAAACCCCUGCUCCCUAGAAGUUUCUAUAACCAAAUUUGCCAAUCUAUUCAUAAAAAUGGUCAUUUUGGCACCCAGGGCAUCGUGGACUCUGUCAAGAGAGUAUGGAUAGCCCCUGGUAUAACUACUAUAGCCUCUAAAGUAUGUUCAGCCUGCCCUAUCUGCCAGGCAUAUAACCAACAUGCAUAUCGUGGAAAAGCCUUUGGGGGACGUCCUCUGGCUUACACACCUUUUGAACAUCUACAGAUAGAUUUCAUAACGAUGCCAAAGGCUGGACGUUAUAAAUUUUGUCUAGUAAUUGUAGAUCAACUAACCAGAUGGCCGGAAGCAUUUCCUACAACCCGAGCCACAGCAGAUUUUGUUGCAAAGAUACUUUUAAAGGAAAUUAUUCCUCGUUUUGGCCUGCCAGCACGUAUUGACUCCGAUAGAGGGAGUCAUUUUACCGAUUCUGUCUUAAACCAAAUAUAUUCUUGCUUGGGGAUAACUCCCAAAUUCCAUGUUCCAUACCACCCCCAGAGCUCAGGCCAAGUGGAGAGGAUGAAUAAAGAAUUUAAGAUUAUGAUUGGCAAAUUAUGCACUGAGACCCAUUUAAAAUGGCCUGAAAUCUCCCUCUGGCCCUAUUUUAUCUUAGAAGCAGGCCUAGAGGAGACUUACAUAUUUCACCGUUUGAGAUGCUUUUUGGACAUCCACCUAUACAGGCUAAGCCUUUCUCCCUGGCUUAUACAUCGCUAUUAGGGGGAGAUAUCACUAUUGCUUCCUAUAUACAGGAGUUACAGCACAAACUACGUGAACUUCAUGAAUCCGGAGCUGCAGUACAAGCCGGACCAUUAGACUUUUCUCUGCAUGACCUGAACCCAGGAGAUAAAGUUUAUAUCAAGAAUUUCAAGGGAACUGGAGCAACUCAACCUUCAUGGGAAGGACCAUUCCAAAUAUUAUUAACUACUCCAACAUCUAUAAAGAUUGGAGAAAGAGACUCUUGGAUUCACUGCUCACAUGUGAAGAAAGCAUCUUCUGCUGAGACUGAUUGACUCUAUCCUAUCAUAUGAAUUGUGACUCUAUCUUAUCAUAUGAAUUGGAGAUAAUAAUCCAUAGACAAAUGGAUGCUGUUUUUUCAAGAAUAUAUUGAAUUACUGAUUUUUUUCUUAUUUUUCUUAUUUCUUUUAUUUUUUAUCAGAAUAUUUGAAUUUUUUUUCAUUUUUUGUACUGAAGGUACACAUAAUUAAUAUUAAUAUUAUUUUUUUCCCUGCAGUAAUACAAGUUAAUAUAUAUACUCUUGCUAUAAUAUCAAUAUAUGCCUAAAAGCUUUAAACUAUGGGAACCUGCCAUUUAUUGAUAAAAUAUUAUAGGACUGUGAUUAAUGUUUGUGUCUGAUUCCAGGAAAAGGGAUAAAAUCAAGGAGCACAGACUAAACCUGGAUAGUGCCAAUAGAGCACACAAGAAAUAUUAAAGUGAGACUUGAGGUUGCGAUGCUUAACUUAUGGUUAAGUCGUAGGACUUCCUUGUAUCUACACUCUUUACGAAGUACUCAAACAAGUACAAACCUUGACUAUCAUGCUGGCUCCCUGUAUCCCUGAGGAAAAAAAAAUCAGAUGAGGGAAUUACAUUUCCCCAUCAACAUAGAAUUCUAAUUCUUUUCUUCUUAUAUUAUGGCAACUUCCUGUAGUCUUGGCUACAAAUGGCUAAGUGAAACAUUACUGCAUCCUGUCCCACAUACUUGUGGGAUAUAAAUUACUUUAAACUGGACCUAUACAAGGCCUAUUUUGAAUUUUUCUUAUGUUUUUGAUUAUUUUUCUAUUCUUUUGAUAAUUGACACAUACACCCCCAUAACUGAACAUUGCAUUCUGAGCUAAACUUGAUAAUUUUUUUAAUACUUACUUCAGGGGGGAUUGUAUUUUAAUUUAAAAUCUAAGAAUUUUUUUUAUUUUUGAAUUUUUUUUUGUUUUUGUUUGAGAUUGUAUUUUUAUAAAAAUCCAAGAAUUUUGAUUUUUGUUUAAGAUUUUACUGUUAUAAAAAAUUCAAAGAUUUUGAUUCUGUUUGAGAAAAGAUCUUCAAGAAAGAAGCUUGAAACUUUUAUAUCCAGAGAAUGAACUGUUGCAGAAAGAUGCCAAAAACCUCCACUUUAUCAAGAAGAUCAAGAAUGAACUUUGGAUAUGAUUGAUUGGACUGAACUUUUGAUUGAACAUUUAUUGUAAUUGUAAACAUUUAUGCCAAAAGGGACUGUCCCUAAUUUGGCUUUCUGUCAAUGCGCCUAGCAAAACAUUGGUUUUGCUUUCUUUUCUUUUCUAUUUCCUCUCUCACUAUUCUAAUUUCUCUUAGAAAAUUGAAUAUUGUGUAUAUCCAUAGUUAGAAGUGCGUUUAGAACUACAAAUUGAUUAUGUUAAAUGAUCAAUGGGGAGACUAGUCUCCCAAUGAUCAUCAGGGGGGAUUGUAAACCUUAAAAUUUCUUAGACUUAUAAAUGUUGGAAAUUUCACCAUUGGGAAAUUUCAUACUUGAAAAAUUUCCUAUGAUAGUGGGAACUCUAUUGGAAUGUGAACCCCAUUGGCAUGGGAGGUUCCUCCUCCUCCCUUCUUAAGAUUACUUUAGGACAGAAACCUUUUGCUGAACAAUGGAAAGGGCUUUGACCUAUGCUUAAGCAUAGAACAGGAAUUUCUUUGAAUCAUGAUUGAUUUUAGAAUUGAUACAAUAGAGAUACUUGGAAUGACAGAACCAGAUCUUGGAAAAUAUAAUUUCCACCCUACUCAGUCCUAACAGGAUUUAGGAAGGGCUGCAGCAAAGGAUCAAGAUUUAAUUAUUGAGAAUAUGACCUUCAACAGACAUGUGCAAAGCCACAGACCUCUGGGCGGUCCUGGGUUAAGCUAGAGCCACCAUUGGCACAGGGAAGACAUGGACAGUGAUUGGUAGAUGUGAGAACUGAGGGGAGGGAACUUGGAUGGUUUCCUUAAAGAGAGAGGGGUCUGAGGACUGAGGGUUGUUGGUUGGAGAGGUUUUUGGUCUGAGAGGUGGUGCUUUGAGAGUUGGCUCUGAAGGAAGCUGGAGGUGGAGGCCCCUGAGACUGUUUCUCCAUUUUGGUCAUGUGAGUAAUAGAGACUGAUCUCUUUUCUUUGCCUCAGCUAUCUAAGGGCUUGGGCCUUUUGGCCCAGCCUAAACAGAAGGGGUAUUUAAGCCCUAUUCCCUUCUCUCCCCUUUCUAUCUCCCUCUCUCUCUCUAUCUCUAAUUCCUUUCUUCCUGUUUGUAAUUAAACUCUAUAAAAGGUUGACUGCUGACUUGAGUUUUCAUUUAGGAAUUACAUAGCUGAAUUCCUUGGCGACCUUAAAUUAAUAUAUAUCAGUCUUUUAAAGUGAUUUCCUUGUCACAACUGUGAAGAUUAAAUAUUCAGAUUAUGUAAUAAAUACUUUUAAAAUAUCCAACUGAGGAUUCAUUUUAAGUCAAAUCCAUCCUCACUGCAAACAAGCAUUUUGUCACUCUAUGUAUAUGGGUGUGGAUUGUGGUGUCUUAAUGCUGAAAUAGAGGCUCUUUUCCCCCUCUACCAUACCUCCCAGCUUUGUAUUAAAUUUCUCUUUAUGAGAAUUUUCUAGACAAAAAUUUCCUGUUUGACUGUGAAUGCCUUCACUCUCAGUUGGGAUUACAGAUGGAAACUUUCUGAUGGGCUUCCAGAGGAUCAGAUUUCUAAGUGAUCUUACCUUUAAUAUCUUUUCAAUCUACUUUAUAGAUAGAACAGAGUGGGGCAAACACUUGAUCUAAAUAUGGGAGGGGUCAGGUAGGUGGCUCAGUGGUUGAGAGGCAGACGUAGAAAUGGGAGGGUCCUAGGUUCAAAUCUGGUCUCAGAAUUCCUAGUUAUUUGAUCCUGGGUAAGUCCCUUAACCCCCAUUGCCUAGCCCUUACCACUCUUCUGCUUUAGAACCAAUAGAUAGUGUUGGAAGCUAAAGGUUAUGGAAAAAAAGUGAAAGUCCCUUACAGAGGUGGCACAAUGUAGGUUAGCAUGUAGUAAUUCUUAAUAAAUGUUUGUUGACUAAUGGACUGGACAGAGAACUGGUCUUCAAAUCAGGACAAUCUAGGUUCAUGUUGUGCCUCUGAUACAUGUUGGCUAUGCCAGUCUAGGCAAAUCACUUAACCUCUUGGUGCCCUAUCUAAGAAGCUGCAGAGAAGUGCAGAGAAGUACUGAUCUACAUUGGUAGGAGGAAUUUUCCUUGUCUGGGAGCUCCCAAUGAAAUAACUCUUCAAGUUCCCAUACCUUUUGAAACAUUAAAGAAAGAUUCUGAGGGAGGCAGCAUGGUUUUCAAAAGGUAUGGGCUUGGGACACAAAGGACCUAGACUCAAAGCCUAUCUUUUUUACUUGCUACCUAUGUGACCUUAGGCAAGACAACUAAACUUUCUAAGCCUUAGUUUCCCCAUCUGUAAAAUGAGGGGGGUGAAUUACAUGGUUUUUAAGGCCUUUCCAGUUCCAUAUCUAUGAUCUGCCAAGUAGAGUUCUCCCACCCUUCUUAUAGACAUCUCUUUUUUUUCCCCUUAUAUUGAGCUGAAAUUUGCCUCUCUACCAUUUCCACUCAUUGCUCUCAGGUCUGCCUUGUGAGACCAAGUAGAACAACUUUAAUCCCUCUUCCAUAGUCUUCCAAAUGCAUGAAAAUACCUGUCAUAUCCUCCCAUAACCUUCUCUUCUCCAUUCUCAACAAUCCCAGUUCCUUCAAUUAAUUCUUGUAUCCCUGAGUUUCUAGCCUUCUAUUAUGCCAGUUGCCCUCCUCUGGACAUACUCCAGUUUAUCACUGUCUCUACAAAUAUGUGGCAUCCAGAGAUAAAUAUUCCAGAUAUAGUCUGACCAGGGCACAAUACUAAGGACUAUGUAAUUCAUCCCCCUCAUUUUACAGAUGGGGAAACUAAGGCUUGGAAAGGUUAGUUGUCUUGUCUAAGGACAGGUGGUAAGGAGCAGAGGAUUUGAAUCCAGAUUCCCCCAACACUUUUUUUCUCUAUGUCAUGCCAAACUGUUCAUUUUAUAGGUGAACUUGUUGAUGGAAGGGAUUCUUUUACCUUCCCCAGAGCUUACCAAAGUUCCUGGCAUAAAGUAUUUUAAAAUGUUUAUUGAGGGACAGUUAGGUGGCACAAUGGCUGUAGUGUCAAGCCUGCUUCAAAUAUGGCCUUGGACACUCCUAGUUGUGUGACCCUGGCCAAGUAAGUCCCUUAGCCCUGUUUGCCUAGUCCUUGUCCUUCUAACUUUUAGGUGUAACUAGGACAGAAUACAAGGGGAAAAAAUGUUAUUGACUGUGGAAUGACAAUCACAAAGAGUUUCAUUUGUUCCUCAAAAUAGCAUUCACGAUAAGUACCGUAUUGGUGCUCCUCCCCCCCCUUAAAGAAUCUAUGGGCAGCCUAUUAUCAGGCUUUUAGUAGUGCAUUGUGACAAAGACAUUCUGUGGGAAGAUUGAGAAGAAGAAAACGAUGGUAGUAAUGAUAGAAAAAAUGAAUAAAAUGUGUUAAUUGAAAACAUUAUGUAAAGCUUCCUUUCACAACAUCAUAUUUUAUAUGAUAAUUGUGUAAUGUCAUGGGAUUUGGAUAUGUGUCAAUGAAGGGACACCCACACCAAGAAAAGCUCAAAUCUCCAAGUACACUUGUAAUUGUGUAAUUAGAAGGUGUGGAUAGGUUUCUUCACUAGCAGAAUGAUGAGAUCACUCAAAAAGACAAGAUAAUAGAUCUAUUAAGAUGAUGUUGAGUAAUUAUUUUUCAUUAUAUACCUAUGUAUAUUUUUCUCUACAAAGAGAUCUAAUUUGGGGAUGGUGAUGACCAAUAUGAUAGUAUUCAUUUCAACUGCUUGAACCAGGAGAAAAUCUUGGCUGGAAAUUUAAUAAGUAGUUAAAAUUAGAAUGAGGCAGCUAAGCAGAGUACUUUUAUGUUUAAGACAGCUACUUGCUCUAUGAAAAAUCUCAGCACUGAUUUCUUAAAAAUACCUAGCACUUAACUACCAUGUUAAUUCUUAAUUCCAGGUAUCUAAGGAUAAAUAGAUUACAAAGAAUAUAAAAGUGAAUGUGAAUAAUUGGCAAUCUUCUUUUUUGCAAAUCUGUAAGGGCUAGAAUUUGAAAACUCGGAGUCUGAGCAAUACUUUACAAAAUAACUCCCUAAAAAUGGAAUUUUCUUUGGAAAGCAAAAAAAAGUGUUAUUUACAUUUAAGGAGAAAAGCCUCAGAGAUCAGCAUUUAAUUUCAAGGGGUAUGAUUCUACAGACCCCAGAGAAUUCUGGAAAGUAGAUUAUUUUCAAGAAAAAACAAUGGAGUUCCUACACCUGUAUAGACUAAUCUUUUGCUAGGUAAUACAGAUUAUCUUAAUCUGUGAACAUCAAACAUGAAACUAACUAUCUCCUCACCUCCAAAAUUCAGAAUUUAUAAAUGUAAAUUAUAUUCCUAUCAAAAUAAUCAUUCUGGGAGGCUUAGACACAUGCUUGUUGCCAUUUAGGCAUUUCUAACUUCUUGUGACCCCAUCUGAGUUUUUCUUGGCAGAGAUUCUGGAAUGGUUUGCCAUUUCCUUCUCCAUCCCAUUUGACAGAUUAGUAUCUGAGACAAAUAGUGUUAAGUGACUUGGCCAGGGUGACACAGCUGGUAAGUGUUAAAUAUGAGACCAGAUUUGAACUGAGAAAAUUGAGUCUUCCUAACUCUUGUUUCAGCACUCUAUCCACUCCCUCAUUUAGCUGCCCCAGAUACACAUUCCUUUUGCUCAACACACUUUGGAAUUUCUCUUAUGAAACUGCCUUCAGAACUAUUGCACAAUUUUUGACCAUUAUCCCCUGUGAUGAUGAAUCUCCAUCCUUUGAGAAACGAUUUGAUUUUGCUAAAGCAGCCAAAAGUCAUUUGGAGUAAAAAGACUCUUGAAUGGUCUAAGUGACAUGCUUAGUUUGCAAUUAUUUCUCUUGAAGCACAUUGUGAAUCAGAGUGUAGUCAAGGAGAGGUUUACUCCUUAUGACUCCUGACUUUCAUAUCUCCCUGAAUGCUCCCAUCAUUUCAGAAUUUCUAAAUAAUAAGCUUGAUUGGCUGUUUGGUCUUUUGGAGAAAAUCCUACAUAUACAAUUUUAGAAAAACAUCAAUAUCAUCUUGAUUAGAGGUUUUAACGUAUGCUUUCUUGGGUUUGGAGAAUGUGUGAGUUUUCCAUUGAGACAUGGAGUCAUAUUGUUUUCUUAUUAGUGUUUUCCUUUUUAAAAAUGCACUAUUUUAUUUGCCUUCUCUUUUAAAAAAUUAGAACAAAUGCCAAUUUAACCAUUAUAAGCUCAUGGUCGUCUUCACAGAAAUUUUCCUUAUGUUGAUGUUUGCUUUCAGAAUGUUUCAUUACCUAAAUGUGUUAUAAAUUCAUUGCCUUAAGGAGUUGUGACUUCUUUCUAGGCCAACACAAAACUAUAGGUAUUUCUAUGUUGCCACAGCUGCAGCACACAAGAUUGACUUGCCCAUUUUGAAAAUAACAUGGUUACAAGUAGAAUCAUGCCUAUGUACCCGCAAAUCAGAUACAACUAAAUUAUCUUUCUAGUCCUACCUUGUACACCAUGCCACUGGCUUUUUAUACUGAAGGUACAAGUUCAGAACUGGGUUGCUAUGAUUACAGCACCCAAGAGAAGGGACAAGGUCACUCUCAUGUGAGAACAGAAGUGGGUCAGGGAUGGUACGACACAAGAAAUAUUACCUGCCUUAGGUUUAUACAAAUUAUUUUCCCAUUAUAUGAAGUAGCAAUGAGAAGCAAUCUGGAGUAGUAGAGUGCCAAGAAGACCACGUACUGUCUUUUGCCUUUCUUCAUAUCCUGAGGGCUUAGCACAGUGCCUGGCAUGUAGAAGGAGCUUAAAGAAUACUUGUUUGUCAACAACUUCAAAUCCUACCUCUGACAUAUAUUGACCAUGUGAUGCUAGGCAGGUCAUUUAACUUCCCAGGGUUCUAGGGAGCUUUCUUAAAACUUCAAGUUGCAGGGAAGGUUAUGAACUAUGAUGGUAGCAGUUUCCUUACUUGGGAGACUCCUGGAUCACAGGUUCAGUCCCUGUCCCUCUGAAGUAGAACUGAAUAUGACUUGCCUUUGUCCCUCAGAAACAAGGAUCCAUGACAUAUUUAACUGUCUCCAAUAACUUUUACCUUUUUUUUUAGUUCCUAUCCUUCCUGAAUUAUCCUCUCCAUCUUUUUACCUGCCUUCUAUUCUCACUGGUUUUUGAAAAGCACAUAGUCUUAACCUAUUUUCUUUAAGAAAAACAGAAACAUUGUAUAGUACCUUACCAUGUUUAUGUAACAUUUUCAUGAAACAUUAUCAUUCAUUUAUUUGUUAUUUACAAUAACCCUGUUAACUAGCAGAGCAAAUCUUGUUCCUGUUUUACACUCAGAUACGUGUUCUAAGUCAGUGAGAGUCAGAAUUAAAAUUGGGUCUUUGAACUGUCAUUUUUUAAAAAAAGGAUUGCCAAUGUAUUUUAUACUUUAAUAAUCACACACAUAUAUAGGAAUGCACUGAGGACAAGGAAUGAUACUGUUUUUAAGUUCUGGCUUUAUGGUAAACUUAAUUCUCUACAAUUCUAUGCUCCCUCUUUCUCUCUUGGCCAUAACUAACAUCUAGAGAAGUUUAGGCUUCACCUCAAAACUCCUGUGGAGCACAAAUGAUAGAUCUGGAUAUACUUAAGAGUUGGGGGCAGCUGGGUAGCUCAGUGAAUUGAGAGCCAGGCCUAGAGAUGGGAGGUCCUAGGUUCAAAUCUGGCCUCAGACAUUUCCCAGCUGUGUUAACCUGGGCAAGUCACUUAACCCCCAUUGCCUAGCCCUUACCACUCUUCUACACAGUAUUGGUUCCAAGAUAGAAGGUAAGGGUUUAAAAAAUAAAAAGCGUUGAGUCAGCUAGAUGGCCCAGCCCUUAUUGCUCUUCUGCCUUAGAACCAAUGCUUGGUAUCAAUUCAAAGAUAGAAGGUAAGAGUUAUAAUUAAAAAAACAAAACAAAACAAAAAACUAAUGGGAACAUGGUCAUAAUUUCAGAAUACUUUGUGUCUACUUUCAGAUGUACUGACUUCAUUCAGCUAAUUCUUGACCCCCACUUAACACUGCCCUACUCCCUUAGCACAUAGGUGUAUGUAUGUACACACACACAGAGCAUCCCGUUCAUUCUACCACUUUCCU